UGGAUGUAGGCUUCUAACCAAGUGGUGCAACUGCAGUUGUAGGCAGCAUAGCUAGCUGGUAACAAAAGCUCUUCUUCCUCCAUGGCCAAGAAGACCAUGUCGGCGGCGGCUCACGAGCUCUUCUCCACCCUCCUCCACGCCAGAACCACCGCUCUCCGGCCACCACCAGCUGCACACAACUCGCCCACCGUCCACAGGUGCGACCCCCCUCCCGCAGCACGGUUCGCCGGCGCGCGGAGUACCGUGCUGGUCGUCGACGUCGACGGCUCCCUGCUCCUGUCGCGCUCCCUCUUCCCAUACUUCAUGCUCGUUGCCCUCGAGGCCGGCGGCUUCCUCCGCGGCCUCGUCCUGCUGCUCCUGUACCCCGCGAUCUCCUGCAUGAUCGGGAGGGGCGACCUGACUGUGAGGGCCAUGGCCGCGGUCGCCUUCUGCGGGCUGCGCGCUGGGACGUUCCGCGCCGGCCGCGCCGUGCUGCCGCGGUGGCUCCUGGAGGACUUGGCCGCCGAGGCGCUCCAGGCGGCGCUGCGGGCCGGCGACCCGGCGAGGGUGGUGUGGGCGAGCGCGAUGCCGAGGGUGAUGGUGGAGCCGUUCUUGAGGGAGUACCUGCAGGUGCCGGCGGCGGCGGCCGUCGCGGCGAGGGAGAUGAAGACGAUGUGGGGGUUCUACACUGGCCUCAUGGAGGAUGACGGUGGCGGCGGUGAGGCGAUGACGGAGCUGAGGAAGAAGGCGGCGGGGGGUGACGGCGACGUCGUGGGGUUCUCUGCUGAAGGCUCCAUGGAGUUCCUUGGCUGCCCUCUGGCGUCCGUUUGCAAGGAGCUGUACGUGGUGAGCCAGGAGGAGAAGAGCAAGUGGCGGCGGCUGCCGCGGCGCGAGUACCCCAAGCCGCUCGUCUUCCACGACGGCCGGCUCGCAUUCCUGCCGACGCCGCUCGCCACUGUGGCCAUGUUCACGUGGCUCCCCUUCUGCGCCGCCCUCUCCGUCGUCCGCCUCGCCGUCAUGCUCGCCCUGCCGUACCGGUACUCUACGGCGCUCCUGGCCGCCACCGGCAUGUCCUGGCGCCUCCGUGGCGCGUUGCCGCCUCGGCAGAGCCCGGAGCGCAGCGGGCAGCUCUACGCGUGCAACCACCGCACGCUCAUCGACCCGGUGUACGUGUCCAUCGCGCUGGACCGGCCGGUGCGCGCGGUGUCCUACAGCCUGAGCCGCGUGUCCGAUCUCAUCUCGCCGAUCGGCUGCACCGUUCACCUCGCACGGGAUCGCGCCCGCGACGGCGCCGCCAUGGCGCGCCUCCUCAACCGCGGCGACAGCGUGGUGGUAUGCCCCGAGGGAACCACCUGCCGCGAGCCGUACCUGCUCCGGUUCAGCCCGCUGUUCGCCGAGCUCGGCGGCAACGGAGGCGUCGUGCCCGUGGCGCUCGCCGUCGAGACGUCCAUGUUCUACGGCACGACGGCCGGCGGGUGGAAGGGCGUGGACCCGUUCUACUACCUGUUCAACCCCAGGAUGUGCUACACGGUGCAGUUCCUCGACAGGGUGGACACGGCGCCGGUGACAGAUGGGAAGGCAGCGAGCCCCGACGUGGCCAACCGCGUGCAGCGGAUGAUCGCCGCGGCGCUGGGGUACGAGUGCACCAUGCUCACCAGGAGGGACAAGUACCUCAUGCUUGCCGGCAACGAUGGUGCCAUGUAAGAGCACACGGACAUGCAUGUGUCCGUUUGGAGUGAAUUUUGGUUAUUAUCUAAAAUGCUACAAGAUAGGGUGUUACACUCCUCGUUGCCUCCACGUAGCUAUAUCCGAUUAAAAUCGUGCAAUUAGACAGAAAUCAAAAGCAAAGAAAACGAGAGAUUCAAAUUAUCGUUUUCGCUUAUAUAAACGGUUCUGACAUAUUUGUAAGUUGCUUGAUGCCUUGAUUUAUUUUUGUUUGUAUAUUAAAGUCACCUUU